AUGUCUGUUCGGAGGUCCACUAGAAUUAGAAGCAAGGCUUCUUAUAAUGAGGAUUCUGAGCCUGAAUCAGAUGUAGAAGAUGAAGAAGUUUCCCGAGCAACGGGGGUGGAUGUGGAUGAUCAGACAGAACAAGUAGGGGAUAUGGAUGAUAUACUAGAAUCAUCCAGUUCUGAAGAAGAAGAAGACGCUAACGAUGAUGAUUAUGUUGCACCAGGAUCGAAGAAACGAAAAUCGACUUCGAGGGCUCAAAAUUCAAAGAGAGCCAAGAAGGGGAAUUCGCGGUCGCGUGAUGGGUCUAAAACUAAAACUAAAACUAACCGUACUUCCGGAUCGGGCUCUCACACCUCUUCUAAAGCAGAAAGAGAAACUUUUUUGGCUAUACAAAACGACUUCGAACCUACAGAGUUAUUCCGCAUAUUAAGCGCUUCGGCGGAUCACUCCGUUGAAGAGUUGGCUAGCGACUGGUUAGAAUCAUAUAACGAGGAUAGAACUCAAGCCCUUUCAGAAAUUCUCAACUUUUUAUUGGACUGUGCGGGUUGUUUGACACAUAUCGCUGAACAUGACGUGGUAAAUAAUGAUUCUUCUAACGAAACUAUUGGUGAAAUACAAAUCAUGUUCCAACAACAAAAGAUACACGAAUUUCAUCUUAGACUAUCGGAUGAACAUAGUAAAAGAGCAAAGUAUAAGUCUUUGUCCGAUAAUUUCACUCAGCUGAUGUCCAAUCUUAUAGAUUUGGCAGUGGAGAAGGAGAUGAUAUAUGUUGAAAAAGAAAAGGAAGAUUCUGAAGAGGUUAUUGUUGAAACACAUCCAUUGAUAAUUGAUUUAUUAACUUGGCUUCCAUCUCUGACAGUUUCAAAAAUAAGGAGUUUGAGAUAUGUGUCCACCAAGGCGCUUCUUGUUUUCCAAACUGUAUUUGCAAAAGUUUCUGCUAGCCUGGAAACAGACUCAUUAUUCAAGUUAAGAAAACAAUUGACCUUAGAAAACAAAAAGAGAAAUCCAAAGUCUAAAACAAUUGAAACUUUGGAAUCAUCCAUUGCAGACGCUGAAGCUACUAAAACAAUUAUUGAAAACAAUAUGGAUAAUAUAAUAAAGUUAUGUUUUGUGCAUAGAUUUAAAGAUGUCGAUGAACUCAUCAGGAUAAAUUCCAUAUCAGAACUAGAACAGUGGAUGGUCAACAAUCCAGAAUACUUUUUUAAAGUUACAUUUUUAAAGUACUUUGGUUGGCUAUUAUCGGAUUCGAGUCAUGCAGUUCGUUUGCAAGUGUUGAAGAUUUUGUCAGAAUUGAUAAGAUUUACUAACAAACGUAAUAAAAGUGUUACUGAUAAUGCAGCAUUAAGGCAAUUCUUUGAGCGUUUUAAAGGGCGAUUACUAGAAAUAGCACAUAGAGAUAUCGACAUCCAAGUUAGACUGACGGCUGUUCGCGUCCUCUCUCAAAUCAAUGACUUUGGAUACCUUGACGAUGAAGAAAUCAUUGAAAUUACAAGCUUAAUAUUUUACGACCAAGAGGUAAAGUUAACCUCAUCAUCAAGGGACGUAAAAUUUUUGAGUGAAGUAGCCAAAUUCUUCUCCUCGAUAGUUACAGAAAAGAGUGCAGAGCUUUCUAGAGAUUAUGAGUCUAAUUACACUAACAUACCAUUGAUAAUGACGAAGGACCACUUCAUCGAAAUUGGUGUGCUUAUGAGAGUUCUGAACAGUUCUUUGUCUCAGUUUUUAUCAACAGUUGAAAAUGAAGAUCAGUUGGAGGAAGGUUCAAGUAAGAAGAUUAAACUGCUCUAUCAGGCCUCUGAGUUCUUAUCCCCUAAGUUCGGUGACCUAGUCGGAGAUAUAGCAAAACUUCUGUAUAAGGAAAUUGAUUUUGAAAAGGAUUUAGAAGAUAAAAGUGAGUACAGCUCUGCUGACCUCAGUGACAUCAAGUUACUACUUCCAGAUAAUGAUAAUAAAGUCCUCUUUUAUCUAACAGUAUUUUCCGGUUUGUGCACAGGAGGUGUUUUUCACAAUAAAGGUCAAGAGAGACAAAUGGUAGCUCAAUUAGCGCUUCCAGAGCUCAUUCAUCUCUUCAAAAAAAUGAAUUUGGAUUCUGAUUUAAUUUAUACCUUACUACUCGAUAUUGUUUGUUUAUUCAACUCCGAAGAAUGGAGUUCGACUGAGCAAAAUAAUGACAUCAAUAUUAUCAAUGAAAUUAUUUUGAAGAGGUUCGAAAGCUCACCUCUCCUGUUAGAAUCUCAAAACAUUGUUUCAAAAGCAUACAAAAAACUGAUUCCAUACCUGACAACCAUCAACAGAACUGAGAUUGUUGAUUCGUGGAAAUCAUUGCAAGUUAAUAUCAUGUUAUCUUUAAACAAAUUCCUGGAAUCUUUUGAUAUCAAACUGGAAAAUGCAGUAACAACAUUACAUGUACAAUAUUUGAACAAGCUUGUCAUUUUGGGCAAAGAGAUUCCAACUGAAAUUUCAGAAUCAACACUCUCUAUGCUAACAGAAAAGUUUUUGAGUAAAUUACCAAAUUUACUUGAAUCAUUGUCUAAAGAUGAAUUAUCAAUUCUGGACUUCAAGAUAUUCACAUCUGUAAUAAGCUGGAACUUAGAAUCAUGGGCUAAUAUAAUUAAAAAUAGUGAACAGCCUGUCCCUGUUUCGCAGUCGACCCUAAGUCAGAUCAAACAAAUAUUGGAUUUGUUAUUUGAUAUUGCUUUGGAAGUUAACAAUAAUGAGGAAGUAAGAGAUAUUGUAAAAUAUCAUGUGCUAUAUUCUGUUCUUUCCGUUUUGCUUGAUAGCAUAAUGGCAUUCAAAAUGUUUGAACUAAACAUUCCGGAAAGAGAUACAAACUGGAAACGAGCAUUAAGACAAGACUACCACAUUUCUUUAACGAGAGAACUAUCUGAAAUAUGUCUAUCCGUUUUCCUUUAUUUAGAGAGCUGUCAUGCCAAUAUGUUAAAGGUGACUUUGGAUAGGGUUGAUGAUGAGAACGUCAAUUAUAAUGACUCCGUUCUUCUUGAUUCAAGCAAAGAUACGGAACGAGAACUAUGCAUUUUCACAAUGAAGUUAAAGGGUGUAUCAAAACUUGGGGUUUUACCUUACACAAACCUUCAGUCAAGGCUAGAAUUAAAUAAGGAUAAACUUGGUUCAUUAUUUGAGAGCAUAAUUACGGAGAGUAUCUUUAACAAUGAUAACAAGAAUCAGCCUCAAAAAAAUACAUUACCAAAGCCUUCAGAACAUGAACGUGCUCACUCUUCUGCUCCUGAAGAACAACUUGAGCCUAUUGAAGAAUUCACUCAGGAUGAAUCAAUUAAUUCCCAAAGUCACAUUCUUCCUUCUGCAGACCCUAUUGUAUCUUCGCCAAUUUAA